UUGAUCUCAUGGCUCCAUCUUGGCUCCCGCCAGUCAUCGGAACGUUCCACCCGCUUGUGGGGGGGUUUGGAGCGUCGUUUGCGGGGAAGGAGAAUCUGAAGUGGUAUGACGCGCAGGUUAAGAAACCCUGGUGGACCCCACCGAACUACGUGUUUGGACCGGUCUGGGCUAGCCUGUAUGCUAGCAUGGGGUAUGCAUCGUACCUUGUCUGGGAGGCGUGUGACGGGUUCAACGAUCGGUCACUGGUCCCGCUGGGUCUGUACGGAACUCAGCUGGCACUCAACUGGGCGUGGACUCCCAUCUUCUUUGGCUGGCACAAACUUGGGCUGGCAACAAUCGAGAUCGGCGCCACUUGGCUUGCGAUCGUGGGCUGCGUCGUGACCUUUCACCCUGUGAGCAAGACGGCGAGCUACCUGAUGCUGCCGUACCUCGGCUGGGUCUCCUUCGCCUCCUGUCUCACCUUCUGGAUCUGGCGCAACAACCCCAGCAAGAAGGUCGACUAGAGAUGCUGCCUGGAACCGGCUGGAACCAGCUAGAACUGGCUGGAACCAGUUGGAACUGGCUGGAACUGGUUGGAACUGGCUGGGACAAGUUGGAACUGGCUGGAACCAGUUGGAACCGGCUGGGACCAGCUGAAACCAACUGGAACUGGCUGGAACCAGCUGGAAGUGCUUGGGACCGGCUGGAACCACCCAGAACUGGCUAGAAUCAGCUAGAACUGCCUUGUACCAGCUGCACAAAAAAGGCUGACCUUCCUUGUUAGAUCAGUAGUGCUUUUGGACCUUUCAACCCUAAAUCAUGUGUGAUCUUCAUUCUUAUUUGGCAGGUUACAUGGAAUAUCUGCUACUCAGAAAAACAGUGUGUUUGAAAAAACCAUCAUGUACAAAUGUGUGGACCUGGGUUUGGGCUUGAAAUCGCUCAAAAUGAAGGAGAGCAAUGGAUCACCUACAGUAACCAUGACCUAGGGUUGAAAUGUCCAAAAAAUGGAACUAUUAUUAUUAACUGUACGAUCCUCCAGUGGUUUGGUCUAAUGCUGUGUCUUCUAGGGUAGGAAAAAGCCUGGUUUUAAACUAGUUACCAUCAAAGCUGGUGGGAGGAUUUCUUAUCUUUGUGUCUUGCCAAAUGAAUAUAACUCUUGCUAUUUUAAAUGUAGAGAGUAAUUAAAGGGGCCAAUUAUCGUUAGAG